AUGUGGUUGGAUUACCUGGACACGUGGUUGGAUUACCUGGGCAUGUGGUUGGAUUACCUGGACACGUGGUUGGAUUACCUGGGUACGUGGUUGGAUUACCUGGACACGUGGUUGGAUUACCUGGGCAUGUGGUUGGAUUACCUGGACACGUGGUUGGAUUACCUGGGCAUGUGGUUGGAUUACCUGGACACGUGGUUGGAUUACCUGGGUACGUGGUUGGAUUACCUGGGCAUGUGGUUGGAUUACCUGGGCAUGUGGAUGGAUUACCUGGACACGUGGUUGGAUUACCUGGGAACGUGGUUGGAUUACCUGGGCACGUGGUUGGAUUACCUGGGCACGUGGUUGGAUUACCUGGGCACGUGGUUGGAUUACCUGGGCAUGUGGUUGGAUUACCUGGGCACGUGGUUGGAUUACCUGGGCAUGUGGUUGGAUUACCUGGGCACGUGGUUGGAUUACCUGGGCAUGUGGUUGGAUUACCUGGGCACGUGGUUGGAUUACCUGGGCACGUGGUUGGAUUACCUGGGCAUGUGGUUGGAUUACCUGGAUACGUGGUUGCAGAAACCAGCUUAA